GGUUAGUAUUACAUUUUACAUCUACUCUCAUUUAUGUAAUUAAUAACAAUGUUAGACAGUUUUAAUUUAAUUAAUAAAACUGUACGCUAUCUUUUUUCUCUAAAUGAUGAAGGCGGUGAUGGUAUGUCAGUUGUAUGGUUGCAGCAGGAAGAAUGAAAAAUUGUUUAAAAAGUACCCGCCCCUUUAGUACUUUUUCUUUAUUUUUAUUAGCGAAGAAAACAUUAACUGUAGAUAAUAUGAAUCAGAAUGUUAGAAUCAUGGAUUAUGCCAUAAGAGGUACCAUUAGCGAACGCGCAGAUGAAAUUGAAAAGGAACUAUUAAAAGGUGAAAAGAAGCCUUUCAAUAAAAUCAUUCGGGUGAAUCUGGGAGAUUGCCACGCAGUGGGUCAAAUCCCUAUAACAUUCUUAAGACAAUUGCUAGCGACCUGUACAUACACUGAGUUACUUAAAAGUUCCAGUAUUCCUUCGGAUGUUAAGGAAAGAGCAAAAAUUAUAUUGCAGAGUUGCACAGGAGGUUCGGUCGGUUCUUAUUCGACUUCUUCAGGAAUCGACGUUAUAAGACAGCAUGUAGCAAAAUACAUUGAAAAAAGGGACGGACAUCGGGCUUAUACAGAUAAUAUUAUUUUAUGUGCAGGUGUUGCUGAGGGUUUUAAAACCAUCUUAAAACUAUUCAAAGCCGGAGUUGAUUGUAAAAACCCAGGUGUCAUGAUUCCCGUUCCUCAAUUUCCCUUGUAUACGGCUACUUUGACGGAAUAUGGUAUAUCCCGAAUCCCCUAUUUCUUAAAGGAAUCUAAUUUUUGGAGCCUCGACAUGGAUCAUUUAAAAGAUCAAAUAAAAAUUGCAAGAAGUUACUGUUUCCCUAGAGCCAUUGUUGUUAUCAAUCCGGGAAAUCCUACUGGACAACUUCUUACAAGAGAAAACAUUGAAGAUUUAAUAAGAUUCGCAUACAAAGAACGUCUAUUCAUUUUUGCUGAUGAACUGUAUCAGGAUAACGUGUAUGACUCCAAAUUCUUUUCAUUCAAAAAGGUGAUGAUAGAGUUGGGAGAGCCCUAUAACAAGAUGGAAUGUGCAAGUUUUAUGUCUGCCUCGAAAGGGUACACUGGAGAAUGUGGAUUACGAGGGGCUUAUAUAGAGGUAUUCAAUAUGGACACCGAAGUAAAAGAAAUAUACAAAAAGCUUCUUAAUACGUCUCUGUGCUCCCCCACUCUGGGACAGGUGGCAAUCGACGCCAUUGUAAAUCCCCCACAAAAAGGAGAACCUAGUUAUGAUUUAUUUAUACAAGAAAAAACAAAAGUUUUGGGUGACCUUAAAAUAAAAGCUAAAAUGGUCGUAGAUGCGUUCAACAGUUACGACGGAUUCAAAUGCAACCCUCUUCAGGGUGCUUUAUACGCAUUUCCUAAAAUCACUUUACCUCCUGGUGCCCUCAAAAAGGCAGAAAAAAAGAAAAUACUACCCGACGUAUACUACUGCAAAAAACUAUUGGAAAAGACAGGAAUUGUCACUGUUCCUGGGUCUGGAUUUGGACAAGAAGAGGGGACCUACCAUUUUAGAACAACCAUCUUACCACCUGUCGAAGUUCUUCAGGAAAUGCUCAAGUUGUUUCAAUCGUUUCAUAAACAGUUUUUUGAACGAUAUUCAAAAUACGACAUUUAAUUUUAAGAGAUAACAAAAAGAUAGUGUAUAAAAUACUACUACUAUCAAACUAAUUGUAAAUGAAGGACCAAAUUGAAUAAUUAUCCUAAAAAAGUAAGUUAAGAGUUGGGUAGAUGUAUUUUAGGAAAUUGAAAAAAAACUUUUACUUUAACUCAAUUACACAAAAAAUGCUGACAGCUUAAA